AUGGCAAUCGGAGGACGGUCUUCACGGCCCGGCAAGCGGAGCUCAUCCUCUCCCUCUUCCUACACCUCCACCGUCACGACCAUCACCUUCAUCGCAUUAUGCGUCCUUGGCGCAUGGAUGCUCACUUCCACCUCCGUGGGGCCUCCACAGACCACCAACCUCGCAAGCAAGGGAGCCACCGUCGUCGAAUCCGAUACUGUGGCAACAGAAGUUGCCGAUCAGCAACCCCAAAAUGUCGAGCGUAGUGUCGUCACUAAUGGCAAGAAGCAGUCGGUAUUUGAGGACAACCCGGGAGACCUCCCCGCCGAUGCCAUAAAAAAUGAUGAGAACCACCAAGGUGAGAGCGGAAAGGGAUCUAGCAGCGAGGAGAGGGAUAAACACACUCAGAUUUCGGAGGAGAGCACGAUGACGACCGCACAAAGUGUCAAUCAACAAGUCAUUUCCCAAGAAACGACACAGAAUAACAAUAAUAAAGAAGCUGUAGUGGAAGCACAUAUGGCCGAGGAGAAGGCAGUCGAGGCUGAGAAGGUGGCGAAUUCGGAGGAGCCUCAGAUCACAUCGUCAGCAGAAGAAGUUGUUGCUGCUGUUAUUCCAGAUCAUAAAAAUCAGGGGAGUGCACAAGGCAAUCCAGCAGCAGAAGCGAAAGUGCUUGAGGAGCAGCAGCAAAGCAGGGAGGAUGCUGGAAUUCAGAAUCAUGUGGUUCCCGCGGAGGAGAAUAAGGUGACGGAGGAGGAUCAAGCGCAAAGGAUGCAACAACAACAACAACAAAUGCAAGAUGCUCAGAAGGUAGAAACGACGCCACACCAACAACAACAACAACAACAUGAGGAGGUUGGAAAUAAGCCGGAGAUGAUUGCAAUGCCCAACGAGGGCCAAUUGCACGAGGUGACCAAUAAUAAUAAAGUGCUAGAGGUGGAGAACAACAAGUUAGAGAAUCCUGAAAAGUCCAAGGAGGUGUCGUCGGGAAUACCCAAGGAGUCGAAAGAGUCAAAGAAGUCAUGGUCAACGCAGGCGAGCGAGUCGGAAAACCAGAAGGAGAGGCAGAAAGAUGAGACUAAAGGUCAAGACAGCGACAAUUGGCAGCUCUGUAAUGUGACCGCUGGGCCUGACUAUAUUCCUUGCUUGGAUAACGACAAGGCAUUGAAAAAACUAAGAACUACAGGUCAUUUUGAGCAUCGAGAGAGGCACUGCCCCAAGGAACCCCCAACUUGCUUGGUUGCUCUUCCGGAUGGGUAUAAGAAGCCCAUCCCUUGGCCAAGUAGCAGAGACAAGAUAUGGUACCACAAUGUGCCUCACACGAAAUUGGCGCAAGUUAAGGGACAUCAAAACUGGGUUAAGGUCACGGGCGAGUUCUUAACAUUCCCCGGCGGUGGAACUCAAUUCAUCCAUGGUGCCCUGCAUUACAUAGAUUUCCUGCAACGGGCAGUGCCAAAGAUAGGGUGGGGGAAACGCACGAGGGUGAUUUUGGAUGUUGGUUGCGGAGUUGCCAGCUUCGGUGGGUACAUCUUCGAGAGAGAUGUUCUUACAAUGUCGUUUGCGCCCAAGGAUGAACACGAAGCUCAGGUUCAGUUCGCAUUGGAGAGAGGCAUUCCAGCAAUAUCUGCCGUGAUGGGAUCUAAACGUCUACCCUUCCCAAGUGCCGUUUUCGAUCUCAUUCACUGCGCAAGAUGCAGGGUACCUUGGCAUAAUGAAGGUGGGUUGUUGCUUCUCGAAUUAAACCGCCUUCUGCGCCCUGGAGGCUACUUUGUCUGGUCAGCAACUCCUGUAUACCAAAAGCUGAAGGAGGAUGUCGAGAUAUGGCAAGCAAUGUCGGCGUUAACAGUCUCCAUGUGCUGGGAUCUUGUGACAAUCAAGAGAGACAAACUCAACAAGAUCGGAGCUGCAAUAUAUCGCAAGCCCACCACCAACGAUUGCUAUGACCAGAGGAAAAAGAAUGUUCCUCCAAUGUGUACAAAUGACGAUGAUCCAAACGCUGCAUGGUCCGUACCAUUGCAGGCAUGCAUGCAUAGAGUGCCUUCAGAGACAAGCAUUCGAGGCACUCGAUGGCCAGAUGACUGGCCACACAGGUUGCAGAAACCACCUUACUGGCUGAACAGUAGCCAAAUGGGGAUCUACGGCAAACCAGCACCUCAGGACUUCACAGCAGAUUAUCAGCACUGGAAAACCGUGGUCACUGUUUCGUACAUGAAAGGACUAGGGAUCAAUUGGAAUGGCGUGAGAAAUGUAAUGGAUAUGAGAGCUGUGUAUGGUGGCUUCGCAGCAGCUCUCAAGGAUAUCAAAGUUUGGGUGGUGAACGUGGUUAAUGUGGAUUCUCCAGACACACUUCCAAUCAUAUUUGAGAGAGGGCUGUUCGGAAUCUACCAUGACUGGUGUGAAUCCUUCAGCACUUACCCUAGGACCUACGAUCUCAUCCAUGCUGAUCAUCUCCUGUCAAAGUUGAAAACCAGGUGCAAACUGGUACCUGUACUAGCAGAAGUUGACAGAGUGUUGAGACCAGGAGGUGUUUUCAUCGUUAGGGAUGAAUCGAGCACAAUAGGGGAAGUGGAGAACAUACUCAAGUCUCUGCAUUGGGAACUUCAUCUUACCAACACCAAUGACAAACAAGUCCUCAGUGCACAGAAAGGCAACUGGCGGCCAGAGAACUUUUCACUUUCGUCAUAACCAGCACAAUUUGGAUGGUAGACAAAGAUAAAAGCCAGCCUGCCUGCAAGUUUUUGGCACUGGAACACGAAAUGGUCAUACUAGAACGCGCGGCUAUAGGUAAAAUUUAGGGGUAGUUUACACUAGUACAAAAUUUCAACAACCACAACUUGUUCCGGAGCAUGCUCUACAGAAAUCAUAGAUACAAGUUACCAGGUCCAGCUCAUUCAACAAGAUCAUUUAAUUGUACGUAGAUAUGUCCACCAGAAAGUUUUAGGAACAAAUAAAAGCAAAACAGAGAAACCAGUUCCUCAUAGCUCUGUGGCAAUGUGGUCACCAUUUACUUUGGAGCAUCUCAUCCAGAAAUCAACUUGGUCAUUGGAUUGCAUAAACGGACAACUAAACUGGCGGAUUCAAACUUCCCCAUUUCCAUUAACGAACACAUUCCAAGAAGAACAAUCCAGGGAAUACCAAGUUUUACCAAGACUAAACCAGAAGCUGGUAGAGAAAAGACAACUUAAUUCACCCUGUCCUGACCUCUUGUGAUAAACUAAGAAGUAACGAAAAGACCCAUAUCAAGUUACUAUACAACCAUAGUCUGGCCUCCUACUGGGUAUUCCAUCAGUCGUUGGCAAGAAGCUUCUGUA